UGGGCAUAGAUUCCAUUAACCAUUGCAAUUCCAGUGCGUUACAUGAAGCUCAGUAUUACCAGAUGACGGAGAGUGGGCUGGCUGCACCUUAUAGAAGGCGAGGAGGCCUGGUAGAUCACAGAGAUGUCAUCAAAGCACACGAAGCUCAUAAAAUGCACAGUACCCCUCAGGCAAAGAGAAAGGAAUGGGAAAUGGCAAGAUUUGGAGACGAGGUGCCGGCCAGGUAUGGAGCCGGCCAAGGAGGCGGAGGACGCGGCGGUAGCCGCCAGGGCGGACCGCCAGGAGCACCACAGAGGAUGUACAAGCAGUCGAUGGCCCAAAGAGCCCGGACCAUGGCUCUCUACAAUCCUAUCCCAGUCCGACAAAACUGCUUCACAGUUAACAGAUCUCUCUUUCUCUUCAGUGAAGACAACUUUGUAAGAAAAUAUGCCAAAAAGAUCACUGAAUGGCCUCCAUUUGAGUAUAUGAUUUUAGCAACAAUCAUCGCCAACUGCAUAGUUUUAGCUCUGGAGCAGCACUUGCCUGAUGAUGACAAGACUCCCAUGUCUGAACGACUGGAUGACACUGAACCAUAUUUCAUUGGAAUCUUUUGCUUUGAGGCAGGAAUUAAAAUAAUUGCUUUAGGGUUUGCUUUCCACAAAGGUUCUUACUUACGGAAUGGCUGGAACAUCAUGGAUUUUGUUGUGGUCCUGACUGGUAUUGUUGCUACAACAGGGGCAGAAUUCGAUCUUCGAACAUUACGUGCAGUUCGAGUCCUUCGACCCUUGAAGUUGGUUUCUGGAAUUCCAAGUUUACAAGUUGUACUCAAGUCCAUCAUGAAGGCAAUGAUCCCCCUGCUUCAGAUUGGAUUGCUACUUUUCUUCGCCAUUCUCAUGUUUGCAAUCAUUGGAUUAGAAUUUUACAUGGGAAAAUUUCAUAAAGCGUGCUUUGAUAGCAACAAUGAAAUAGUGGGUGAGUCUCCUUGUGGGACAGACUCUCCUGCUCGAACCUGUCCAGUUGGAAUGAACUGCACUGAAUACUGGGAAGGGCCAAAUUAUGGAAUUACACAAUUUGAUAACAUCCUGUUUGCUGUGCUGACUGUAUUCCAGUGCAUCACCAUGGAGGGCUGGACUGAUCUCUUGUAUGAUAGCAAUGAUGCCUUAGGAAACACCUGGAACUGGUUGUAUUUUAUCCCCCUCAUCAUUAUUGGCUCCUUUUUUAUGCUGAAUCUUGUCCUUGGUGUCCUGUCAGGAGAGUUUGCCAAAGAGAGAGAGAGGGUGGAAAAUAGACGUGCAUUCUUAAAACUGAGGAGACAGCAGCAAAUUGAGAGAGAGCUGAAUGGUUAUCUGGAGUGGAUUUGUAAAGCAGAAGAGGUGAUACUGGCAGAGGAGGAGACUGACACUGAGGAAAAAUCACCCUUUGAUGCUAUGAGAAGAGGAACAAUAAAAAAGAGUAAAACUGAUUUACUGAAUCCCGAAGAGGGUGAAGAUCAUCUGGCAGACAUUUCUUCUGUUGGAUCUCCUUUUACAAGAGCAAGUAUUAAAAGUGCCAAACUUGAGGGAUCUUCAUUUUUCCGCAAGAAGGAAAGACGGUUUCGCUUCUUCGUCCGACGGGUAGUGAAAACUCAGGCCUUUUACUGGACUGUCCUUAGUCUGGUAGCACUCAACACAUUGUGUGUUGCAAUUGUACACUACAAGCAGCCAGGUUGGCUCUCUGACUUCCUCUACUAUGCAGAAUUCAUUUUCUUAGCACUCUUUAUGUCAGAAAUGUUUAUAAAAAUGUAUGGGCUUGGAACUAGGCCUUACUUUCAUUCUUCUUUCAACUGUUUUGAUUGUGCGGUUAUCAUAGGCAGUAUUUUUGAAGUCUUCUGGGCUGCUGUUAAGCCAGGUACCUCUUUUGGCAUCAGUGUUUUACGGGCACUCAGGUUACUUCGAAUAUUCAAAGUUACAAAGUACUGGGCCUCUCUUCGAAACUUGGUUGUCUCCUUACUGAGUUCCAUGAAGUCAAUUAUUAGCUUAUUGUUCCUAUUGUUCCUCUUUAUUGUUGUAUUUGCCCUUUUAGGAAUGCAGCUCUUUGGUGGCCAAUUUAAUUUUGAAUCUGGCACACCCUCCACCAACUUUGAUACUUUUCCUGCAGCAAUAAUGACUGUAUUUCAGAUUCUGACUGGUGAAGAUUGGAAUGUUGUGAUGUAUGAUGGGAUAGAAUCCCAGGGCGGUGUUAACAGAGGGAUGAUUUCUUCAGUCUAUUUCAUUGUUCUGACUCUCUUUGGAAACUACACUCUGCUGAAUGUAUUCUUGGCCAUCGCUGUGGACAACCUUGCCAAUGCACAAGAACUCACAAAGGAUGAACAAGAAGAGGAGGAAGCUGCUAAUCAGAAACUUGCACUGCAGAAAGCCAAGGAAGUAGCAGAAGUGAGUCCAUUGUCAGCUGCCAACUUGUCAAUAGCUGCGAAAGAACAACAGAAGAACCAGAAACAUGGAAAGACAGUGUGGGAGCAACGAAUGAGUGAGAUGAGAAAGCAAAAUCUGAUGACCAGUCGGGAGGCCAUUUACAAUGAAUUAGACCCUGAUGAGAGGUGGAAAAUGGCUUAUUCCAUGAAUAUCCGACGUGACAUGAAAACGCACUUGGAUCGGCCUUUGGUUGUUGACCCUCAGGAAAACAGGAACAACAACACUAACAAAACAAGGCCUUCAGAACCCUCAGCUGAUCACCGAAGCAGUCAACAAAGGGCUGAGGAGUUUCUGAGAAAGCAGACCCGUUACCAUGAUCGAGCCAAUGAUCCAAACAAAGACAGGACAUCUGAAAGGGAAAUGGGGGGUGUGGAGCAGGGAGACAGGCCCAGGAGGUAUCGCAGUAACAGCAAAGAAGGAGAAACAAAUCGAGAUGGUGUUCCUAAAGAUGUGGAAUACCGUGGAAGGGACCGGGAGGGAAACAAUGAAAGGAACACACGGGAUGGUGAUAGUGAAAGAAGUAGAACCAAUGAACCUCACCGGCGUCACCAACACAGACCAGGAGUAAGCAAAGAAGGGAGAAGUGCCUCACCAAGGACUGAGGGAGACAGGGAGCGCAGACACAGACCACACCGGCGUAAUGCAGAAAGUCACGAUGUCAGUGGAGUAGAGGAGGGUAUCAAAAGUGAAAGAAGUGAGAGGCGGUCAAAGCACAAAGAGGGUUCCCGGGGCAACAAGGAAGGGAAAGGAGGUGCAGAAAGUGAAAAUCUGGAUGGGCCAGAAAAACGCCGCAGAAGCCGUCAUGCUCAAUCCACUUAUGAUAAUGACGCUAAAAAAGAAAGAGAUGAUAAGGAUCCAACAGCAAAAGAAAGGAGACACAAACGGAAGAAAGAAAGCCACGGAGGUGUUCUGCCUGCUCCAGGUGGCCCAGCCCUUUCUACCACUCGGCCAGUGCAACAGGACAUGAGCAGGCAGAAUGGACAACAGACAGAAGAUAUAGACAAUCUCAGAAACAGCAAGUUGGCAACCCAACCCUCCAAUCCCAGGAAUACCAAUAAUACCAAGGAUGUCACAAAUCCAGCUAACCUUUCCAAUCCUGUCAAUCUUCAUAAUCCUGGAAAAAUUGGAAACCAUACUAACCCUCAUAAUCCUGGCAACCCAUCUAAUCCCCAUAACUCAACCAAUCGUAAGGCCCCAACUACUACACCUGGAAAUCCUACCGAUCCUGGGAAUCCCAAAAACCCGGAAAACAGCCUUAUUCUCACCAAUCCAACUAAUCCAACCAAUCCAAACAAUCCAGCAAAAAAUGCUAAGAAGCCUGAUCAUACAACUAUUAAUAUCCCAUUUGCAGAUCCAUCUUUGCAAGUAAACAAAAAUGCGAACACUGAUGUUUUGCCGAAAAAGGAAGAAGAAAAGAAAGAAGAGGAAGAGAAGGGUGGUGAUGAAGAUGGACCGAAACCAAUGCCACCCUUCAGCUCCAUGUUUAUCUUCAGCACUACAAAUCCACUGCGCCGAGCCUGCCAUUACAUUGUAAAUUUACGCUACUUUGAAAUGUGUAUCCUCAUCGUCAUCGCAAUGAGCAGUAUUGCACUGGCUGCAGAAGAUCCUGUCCAACCAACUGCCACAAGAAAUAAUGUUUUAAGAUAUUUUGACUAUGUAUUUACUGGAGUCUUUACUUUUGAAAUGGUUAUUAAGUCUCCUGAUGUAGAGAAGACCACAUCGAGAGCACCUGAUGCAGUAAACCAGGUUGAAAGUGAGGCAGGUGGCUGCCUGACAACAUAUAAAAUGCUCACAACUGGCUCUCUGCAUGCCACUGAAUGUGAAGCUUGGAAGCCACCAUCGCCGGAGUUGGGGUCAGAUCAGGAGUCCUCUGAAAUGAGCCUUAUGGGUGGGAGCAAAGGGAAAGAUCUGAACACCAUCAAAUCUCUGAGAGUACUUCGAGUGCUACGACCCCUUAAAACUAUCAAACGGCUGCCUAAGCUCAAGGCUGUUUUCGAUUGUGUGGUAAACUCCUUGAAGAAUGUGCUCAACAUCCUGAUCGUUUACAUGCUCUUCAUGUUUAUUUUUGCUGUGGUUGCUGUGCAGCUCUUUAAGGGCAGAUUUUUCUACUGCACUGAUGAAUCCAAAGAGUUUGAGCGGGAUUGCAGAGGACAAUACUUGGUCUACAUGAAGGAAAGCGAUAUUAAGGCACAGAAGCGGGAGUGGAAACGAUAUGAGUUCCAUUACGAUAAUGUGCUCUGGGCUCUACUGACUCUCUUCACUGUGUCAACUGGAGAGGGCUGGCCAGACGUACUGAAACAUUCAGUAGAUGCUACCUAUGAGAAUCAAGGACCCAGCCCUGGCUAUAGGAUGGAGAUGUCUAUUUUUUAUGUUGUCUACUUUGUUGUCUUCCCUUUCUUCUUUGUUAACAUCUUUGUGGCCUUGAUCAUCAUCACUUUCCAAGAACAGGGGGAUAAAAUGAUGGAGGACUACAGUCUGGAAAAAAAUGAGAGAGCAUGCAUUGACUUUGCUAUCAGUGCCAAGCCCUUGACGCGUCAUAUGCCACAGAACAAACAAACCUUUCAAUACAAAAUGUGGCAAUUUGUGGUGUCACCCCCAUUUGAGUACACCAUUAUGGCUAUGAUUGCACUGAAUACCGUGGUGCUAAUGAUGAAGUUUUCUGAUCAGCCACAAUCUUAUGACGAUGUUCUAAAGUAUCUCAAUAUGGUGUUCACCAUUUUAUUCUCAUGCGAAUGUAUCCUGAAAAUUAUUGCCUUUGGAAUUUUGAACUAUUUUCAGGAUGCUUGGAAUGUAUUUGAUUUUGUCACGGUCCUGGGCAGUGUCACUGAUAUAUUAGUGACAGAAUUUUGGACCACGAAAAAUAUUAUCAACCUGAGCUUUCUAAGGCUCUUCCGUGCUGCUCGACUUAUCAAGCUUCUGAGACAGGGUUACACCAUCCGUAUCUUGCUGUGGACAUUUGUCCAAUCUUUUAAGGCAUUACCUUAUGUCUGUCUCCUGAUCGCAAUGCUGUUCUUCAUUUACGCCAUAAUUGGCAUGCAGGUAUUUGGAAAUAUAGCAGUUGAUGAUGAUGAAGAUAGUGAAAUUAAUCACCACAACAACUUCAGAACAUUCUUCCAAGCUCUGAUGCUUCUUUUCCGGAGUGCAACAGGGGAAGCGUGGCAUAGUAUCAUGUUAUCAUGCUUGGGCGGCAAACCUUGUGAUCAACGAUCUGGCAUCAGUGGAAAUGAGUGUGGCAAUGAGAUUGCCUAUUUCUACUUUGUCUCCUUUAUUUUCCUCUGUUCCUUUCUGAUGCUGAACCUUUUUGUUGCUGUCAUUAUGGACAACUUUGAGUAUCUGACACGGGACUCUUCAAUCCUUGGACCCCAUCACCUGGAUGAGUACGUCAGGGUCUGGGCUGAGUAUGAUCCAGCUGCCCGUGGCCGCAUCAGUUACACUGAUAUGUAUGAGAUGUUGAGACACAUGUCUCCGCCCUUAGGCCUGGGGAAGAAAUGCCCUGCGCGAGUUGCUUAUAAGAGGCUUCUGCGAAUGGAUUUACCAGUUGCUGAAGACAACAGCGUGCACUUCAACUCCACACUUAUGGCACUUAUUAGGACAGCCUUGGAUAUCAAAAUAGCAAAAGGAGGGGCUGAUAAACACCAAAUGGACCGAGAAUUGAGGAAAGAGAUGAUGUCCAUCUGGCCAAACCUCUCACAGAAGACAAUUGAUCUACUGGUCACGCCUCACAAAUCAACUGACCUUACCGUGGGCAAGAUCUACGCAGCUAUGAUGAUCAUGGAAUACUAUCGACAAAGCAAAGCCAAAAAGCUCCAGCUACUCCGUGAGGAGCAGAAUCGAACGCCAUUACUGUUUCAGCGUAUGGAGCCACCUUCGCCUACGCAGGAAAUGGAUCCAGGGCAGAAUACCUUACCAGAUCCCCAGCACAUAUCUGGAAAUGGCCUUGCACAAGAUGGGAUUAUGAAAGAAAGUCAAUCUUGGGUCACAGACCGAGCUCAAAAAAUGUUUCAGAAGACAGGGGCUUGGAGUCCUGAAAGAGGUCGGUCAGAAGAAAUAGAAGACACUCGACCAAGCUCCCAGGCUGUGGAGAUGCAAGAAAUGGGGAGGGACGGCUACUCGGACAGCGACCAUUACCUCCCGAUGGAAGGCCACAGUCGAGCAGCCUCCAUGCCACGGCUACCUGCAGAAAACCAAACUAUUGAAGAUACAAGCCCAAUUAAGAGAUCAGCAUCCACAUUGGGUCAUCAGCGCUCCAAAGGCAUGCGUCUGGAUGACUAUUCGCUAGAGCGGGUCAUCCCAGAGGAAUCACAAAGAUCCCAUCGCCGUAGGGAAAGGGGUCACAGGACUUCUGAAAGGUCGCAGAGCCGAUAUACAGAUGCUGACACAGGGCUUGGAACAGACCUCAGUACCACAACACAAUCAGGUGACCUUCCUCCAAAGGAGAAGGAUCGUGAGCGAGGAAGACCCAAAGAUAGGAAACAUCACCAUCACCACCAUCACCACACAUCAUCAGACAAGGAACGCUACUCCGAGGAGCGGCAUGAGUACAGCAGACCUCGAUCGAGGGACAGGCGAUGGUCCCGGUCACCCAGUGCGGGUCGCGAGUGUGUCCCUCAUAGACAGGGCAGUAGUUCUGUGAGUGGGAGUCCAGUACCUUCCACUUCUGGCACCAGCACACCAAGGCGCGGACGCAGGCAACUUCCCCAGACUCCCUCCACACCUAGGCCGCAUGUCACCUACUCCCCUGUGGUGCGAAAAGCCAUGAAUACAUCACAGCAGGGCAGGAUACCAACCCCCGUGCCACGCAGGUACUCACCACCGCCCCCGGAGCAUCAGAGGGGGGAGCGGCAGAGCAGCAGCAGGUCUCCCGCUAUGGAGAGAAGCACCAUCCCCCGUAACGAGUCCCCACGACUAAAUCGCCAAAGCAGCAGCCGCUGGUCCACUCCCAGCUCCCACGUAUCUGAGCCUUACCUGGGAUCUCACAAUGAUAACUAUUACUGCAGCCCUGACUAUGAUGUGCCAAGCGAGGAAACUCUGACCUUCGAGGCUGCCAUAGCAACAAGUUCCGGAAGGUCGCCCAGGACUUCUCGGGUGACGUCAUCCUCUGUGUCCCCUUCACGGCAUGGGCGACGAGUACCAAAUGGGUACUAUCACAAUCUCGGGGCGAUGAAAACAAAAGGACCUGGCACAAGAAAAGGAAUGCAUGAACCCUACAGUGAAACUGAUGAGGAUGACUGGUGCUAGCCCUAACAUUCAUCUUACAUUGCCAAGCACGUCAGGGGGACUCUCUGGGCCUCUUAGGACCUGAGAAGCUCUAGCCUUCUAAAAAAAAGUUUGAAAAAAAAACAAAAAAUGGGAGAAAGGAAAAAAAACUGAAAAAAAUUUUAAACUAAUCUUUAUUGGGUGGGGGUUUGGAGCAUGUGUAAAAAUAAAUCAAAAUGGGGACAUUGCAAGAAACUACGACUCAUGUGGGUCCCUAUAACAGGUUUAGUUGUCUCUAACAUAAAUAAGGAGAGGAAAAAAGAAGUAAACAAAAUCCUAAAAGGACUUUUGGAAACUGUUGGGUUUCAUUGAUGAGUUUUAUCAUCUGUUACCUGUUAAUAUAUAUUGAUAUUGUAUGGGGGAAUGAAGGUUAUCCAGUGCACAACAUGUUCAAUCACAUAAAUUCAUCUGAAUGCCUGCGAUAUUACUGUCAUUUCUGAGGUGUGGGCUCUAAGCAAUGACAAAUGAGAAGAGAAAAAUAAGAAAUCCAUCUACCAGCUUGAAAGUUCUGUUGUGUGCCUUCUUGCCUCAUCAGAACAGCCUAUCACAGCAUGGAAUCCUCAUGAAGCUCUCACGCUAUGGAAAGAGCAUGCCCCAUUCAAGAGCACUUUGAUUUUGCGUACGUACA